CCUCCCUUCUUUCUUGUUUCCCCCGGAUGGUGGGAGAAUGGGUGUCUUGCACGUCUGCAGGAAAGAGAUCCCCAGUGUCCUUUGCGGAGGUAGCCGUGUUCUUCACAGAGGAGGAAUGGGUUCUCCUGGAUUCAGACCAACGAAAACUCUUCUGGGAAGUGAUGGAGGAAAAUUAUGAGACUGUGGCCUCUCUGGGGGACUACAUUUCCCAGAAGGACUUGCGAGCACCAGAAAUGUCAACCAUGCCUUCUCUAGGUGUCCAGGGGGGCGUAUUUCCUCGAGAUGGAGACAGAAAUUUAUGGAACAUGCUGUUCUACAAGGCCUCUCUUCCUUCUUGUUUCCCCCAGAUGGAGGGAGAAUUUGGCUUUUGCGUCUCUGGAAAAAAGAUACCCCCGGUGUCCUUUGAGGAGGUAGCCGUGUCCUUCACGGAGGAGGAAUGGGCUCUGCUGGAUCCAGGCCAAAGAAAGCUCUUCUGGGAAGUGAUGGAGGAAAAUUAUGAGAUGGUGGCCUCUCUGGUUGGAGAUUUGAUGGAAAUGGUGAGUGAGAAGGAAUCAAGGAGAGUUGUGGAAAAAGUCAAGCAUCUACAGGCGGAUGCAAUAUCUAGGGGUCGAGUGGUAAAACAGAAGCAGAGGAAGGAACUGCUUUCCUGUCAGAGCAGAAAUAAGCCUGAGGUCUCAGCCCAAGAUGAAUCAGGAAACAGAAGCAGAAGGCAUAAUGGCACCAUGAAUCGAGAAGCGUUCAGCUGCAAAUUCCAUGUUAAAAUACAUCAGAAAGUUACAACAUGCUGGGAAAAGUACAAAUGUGUGGAAUGCGGAAGGGGCUUUUCUCAGAGCAUCACCUUAACUGCACAUCAAAAGGUUCACACUGGGGAGAAACCAUAUAAAUGCUUGGAGUGUGGAAAGUGUUUUUCUCAGAAUAGCACCCUAACUGCACAUCAAAAGGUUCACACAGGGGAGAAGCCCUAUAAAUGCUUGGAGUGUGGAAAGUGCUUUUUUCGGAAUAGCAUCCUAACUAGACAUCAAAAGAUUCACACAGGGGAGAAGCCAUAUAAAUGCUUGGAGUGUGGAAAGUGCUUUUCUCGGAAUGGCAGCCUAACUGCACAUCAAAAGAUUCAUACUGGGGAGAAGCCACAUAAAUGCUUGGAGUGUGGAAAGUGCUUCUCUCGGAAUACCACCCUAAUAGCACAUGAAAAGAUCCACACAGGGGAGAAACCAUAUAAAUGCUUGGAGUGUGGAAAAUGCUUCUCUCAGAAUGUCAGCCUACAAAGACAUGAAAAGGUUCAUGCAGGGGAGAAGCCAUAUAAAUGCUUGGAGUGUGGAAGGUGUUUCUCUUGGAAAUUUGUUCUAACUAAACAUCAAAAGGUUCACACAUGGGAGAAGCCAUAUAAAUGCUUGGAGUGCGGAAAGUGCUUCUCUCAGAAUUUCAACCUAACUAGACAUCAGAAGGUUCACACAUGGGAGAAACCGUAUAAAUGCUUGGAGUGUGGUAAAUGCUUUUCUCGGAAUGGUGGCCUAACUGCACAUCGAAAGGUUCAUACAAGGGAGAAGCCAUAUAAAUGCCUUGAAUGUGGACAGUGCUUUUCUUGGAAUUUCAACCUAACUAGACAUCAAAAAGUUCAUACAGAGAAACCAUAUAAGUGCUUGGAGUGUGGAAAGUGCUUCUCUUGGAAUACCAACUUAACUAAACAUCAGAAGGUUCACACAGGGGAGAAGCCAUAUAAAUGUUGGACUGUGAAAGUCUUCUCCGAGAAUCACUACCUAACGAAACAUCCAAGGGUUCAUGGGGAGACACCAUAUAAAUGUUUGGAGUGUGGAUAGAAUGGCAGUGUAAUCACACAUCAAAGGAUUCACACAUGGGAGAAACUAGUCAAACAGGAGCCCAACGAAGGAUUGUCCCGGCGCUGGGAGUCCCAGUCGGAAGACGUACCGAAGGCCGGGCAGUCUCCUCAGCGGAGUCAAGGGAACCCGGAGACUUCAGACGACACGAAGGGGAUCUUAGCGUCUUUCAAGGGAGCUGUGGAAGUCGGACAGUGGUCUCAGGAGCAAGGCCCCCCCCAGAAAUCUUCGGGCACCAAAAGGGGAAGCUUCGGGGUGGCGAAGGAGGAGGUCCCCGGUGGCGAUGCCCUCAGCAGGGAGACGCACCGCCAGCGCUUCAGGGAGUUCCGCUACCAGGAGACCGAGGGGCCCCGUGAGGCCUGCGGUCACCUCUGGUACCUCUGCCACCGGUGGCUGAAGCCCGAGAGGUAUUCCAAAGAGCAGAUUUUGGAGCUGCUGAUCCUGGAGCAGUUCCUGACCAUCCUGCCGCCGGAGCUCCAGAGCUGGGUGAGGGAAAACGGCCCUGAGACCUGCGCCCAAGCGGUGGGCUUGGCGGAGGAUUUCCUGCAGAUUCAACAGGAAGCCAAGAAGCGGGAUCAAAAGCAUACACGGACGGAGGCUGACGUGGAGCGUUCUCGGCUGGCUGUGGAGCACUUCCUGAUGGCAGACUCCGUCCCGAGCCCUUCGGACGUUAACCUUCCCUCUCCAGAACCCCGGCGCCGGAGGGAUGCCUGGUCCCGCAAGGAAACCAUUGCCUUCAUCGAUAUCUGGAAAGCGGAAGAUGUCCAGAUCGCUCUGGGGCAGCAGUACCGCAACAUGAAGCUGUUUGCGUGGAUCGCAGACCGGCUGCGGGAGCGGGGCUUCGAGCGCGACGCAGAACAGUGCCGCAGCCGAGCAAAGGACCUCAAGAGGGGCUACAAGGAGAUCAAGUGCGGGAACCUCCAUUCUGGCCGGGCCCCCAAAACCGCACCCUACUUCAAGCUCCUGGAGCAGUUCCUGUGCCUGCGAAAAGGCAUUGUGUGCGGCAAGGUGUGCGGCGCCGGCGUGGUAGAGCGCCUGGACAAGCGGCGGAAGCGGCUGCCGCUAAACCCCAUGGCGGCUACCAGGAUUGCACGAGAAGCCGCCAAUCCCACACCAGAGGCCCAGGAGGUGGAGGCCCCAGAACGAUACGUUGCACCGACUGCGUCGUCCAAAGAGUUGCGGGUGACCCCAGGUGACCCCGCACCACAACCCCCCAAAGUGUCCGAGGACACUAAUGCACAGAUUGUGGGGAAAGUAGAAACCCCUCUGGGGGAUAACCCUCCAUUGCUGCCCCCCAAAGAAACUCCCACUGAAGUCCAGGUGGCUGAUGCUGGAGAGGAGCACCGGAGGUUGUCCGUCGGCAACGCAGAGCGUGUGCGCUACCGGCGGGAACGCAACUGGAGGCAGCGCCUGGAGUCCACGAGGCGCCUGGCCGAGUCCUCCGCUUCCAAGUCCAAUUCCGACCUGGUGGACACCCUCCGGCAGCUGCACCAGCAGGACCUGAGGGUCUUUGAAAACAAGAGGCGGGAGGAGAGGGCGGAAGACAAGCAGGAGAGGCGGCUGGAGAAGCAGGAACGCGAGCAGGACCGGGCGACCACCCACCGCAUGAUAGCCGCCAUCGAGAAGUCCCACCAGACCCUGGCAGAUCUCAUGGGAAGGCAAACCUCCGCUAUGGAGACCAUCGCCACUGCGUUUUCAGCCCAGCGCUAUCCUUCUCCGGGCCCCUUCCCAAGCUACAAUCCCUACCCGGGGUUCAGCCCCCCCUGGUCUGCUCAGCAUUCUGUUCCCAAUGCCACUGAGAAGCAGGCCAACACGUCCAGCAGCAACGCGACGCCCUUGCAUUCUCCAGGCCGUGAUGAAUCCGGGUUGCACGUUCCCGUGGAGGCACAAAACGAUACCGCGCCUGACGAGGUUCUGUCUUUCGUCGGCCCGUCCACCAGCUUCCACUCGGAUCCCGAUCCUCUCCCUCCUCUGCUGACCCCCAGUCCCGGAGAUGUCCCCGAAUCCUCGCCCGCAGCCUUCGGGGAGGUUGAGAAGAUGGCUGCACGGCCCCCAUGGGUCACUGGAGAUGAUUUAGAAGGCACCAAAAUGAGCAAUCAUGUUGCCCAAGUUAAAAUGGAAGAGCCCCCAGCCUGUGAGGAUGCCCAGUGGAAAGACACCACGGGAGCCACCAAGGUCUCCCGCUCAGAACUCAAGAACGCUCCUUUACCAGACCCCCCUUGCUGGGAUGAUAUCUUCCCGCCUUCUGUCGCGAAGGCGACUAAUGCCCAUACUGAAAAAUGGGCGGCCCAGUUCAUGCCGGGCCUCAAGGAAGAAGUUCGGUUGGAGGACAGGGAAGUGGGCGACUAUGGCAAGGUGAAGGCAGCCAUCUUGCGAGUGGACGCCAUCAGCACGGAAGUCCAGCGGCAGCACUUCCGGCGCUUCCAGUACAAGGAGGCCGACGGCCCCCGGGAGGCGUGUAGCCGGCUCUGGUUCCUUUGCCACCGGUGGCUGAAGCCAGAGAGACACACCAAGGAGCAGAUCCUGGAGCUGUUGAUCUUGGAGCAGUUCAUGGCCAUCUUGUCUCCGGAACUCCAGAGCUGGGCCGAGACACCAGAGCAGUCGGUAGCCGAGGUGUUUGAGGUUGCGAGCGUGGGCUCCCCAAAGGCCGAUGGGCUUCCAUUGGACCCCGACCAGAAACAGCUGUGCCUGGAGGUCAAAGAGGAGAGCCUUCUGGACGACACUAACUCUUUGGGCAAUUCUCAUGUGAGUGAAAACGACGUGGAGAUUCCCCAUCCGGAGAAGACUGAAACAGAAGAGCCACACGAGGAGGUCUCCGUGGUCAGCGUUGAGACCUUUCCCCUGAUUUGCAAAGAGGGAGAUGCAUCCAAUGGUCAGAUGCCCCAGAAGCCACGGGGAAAGCCCCCACGGAAGAGGGUGCGCAAAUCCAUUCCAUUAGUGGGGGGCUACAAAGACCUCCAUGAAGCCUCUACUGAAGAGGAAGCCCAGGAAGGAGACAUGCCCGUGAAGAUCAUUGUCCUCAAAGGAAACCUGGGCCAGCGUUCAGAUCACACCGGGGAGAGAGUUCACAAGUGUUCCGUCUGUGGCAAGGCCUUCAGCCUUCGAUCCCGCCUCAUCGUCCAUGAGAGAACCCACACAGGAGAGAAACCAUACACAUGCUCCGAGUGUGGGAGGAGCUUCAGCGUGAGCUCGAGUCUCAUAGCCCACAGGAGAACCCACACGGGAGAGAAACCCUACAAAUGUUCUCACUGUGCCAAGAGCUUCAGCGUGAAGUCGGGGCUGAUUGCCCAUGAGCGAACCCACACGGGAGAGAAGCCAUACAAGUGCUUAUACUGCACCAAGAGUUUCCGACGCAACUCGGGUCUGGUUAGCCACCAGAGAAUCCACACCGGUGACAAGCCGUACCAAUGCUCGGUGUGUGAGAAGAGCUUCAGCGACAUAUCCAACCUCAUUACCCAUCACCGGAUCCACACAGGAGAAAAACCAUACAAGUGCCUGGAGUGCGGGAAGAGCUUCAGCCAGAGUUCAUACCUCAAUAGCCACCAGAGAAUCCACACAGGGGAAAAGCCGUAUGAAUGCUCAGAAUGCGGGAAAACCUUCAGCGUCAGCUCUCGCCUUCGCAAACAUCAGAGAAGCCACACCGGAGAGCGGCCAUUCGUAUGCUUGGACUGUGGAAAGACAUUCAGCGAGAGUUCAGAUCUCCUCGCGCACGAGAGAGCUCACACCGGUGAAAAGCCCUACAAGUGUUCAUACUGCGGGAAGAGCUUCUUGCGCAGCUCGGAGGUGGUGAGCCACGAGAGGAUCCAUACUGGCGAGAAGCCGUACCACUGCUCCGAGUGCGGGAAAAGCUUCAGCGUCAGCUCCCGCCUCAGCGCGCACCGGAGGAUCCACACCGGAGAGAAGCCUUUCCAGUGCCCAGUGUGUGAGAGAAGCUUCAGCUACAAGUCCCACCUUAUCACCCACCAGAGAAUCCACACAGGAGAGAAACCGUUCCAGUGCUCGGUUUGUGGGAAGAGCUUCCGGGGGAGCUCCAGUCUCGUUGCCCACGAGAGAACGCACACGGGGGAGAAACCGUACCGCUGCUUGGACUGCGGGAAAAGUUUCACUCAGAGCUCAAACCUUAUUAGUCAUCAGAGAAUCCACACAGAUGGGAAUUCCUGAACCGUAUCCAUGGGGUGAACUUCCGUAGGUCAUGUAGUGUUUCGCCGUCACCUCUCCACCUUUAGUUUCUUAAUAAGGCUUGGUACUUUUACAGUCGCGCCCCCCCUAUUGCUUUGGGGAGGGGCACUUCCAGCACUCAUGGAGAAACAGCUACAUCUUCUCCUAGAGCAGAGCAUUCCCCUUGAAGAGGAAUAGGGAUGUGGCCAGUCAGUCCAAACUGAGAUCCUUGUGCGUGUGCUAAUGUGCUGUCAAGUCACUUCUGAUUUAUGGUGACCCUACGAAUGAAUGGCCUCGCCCAGGUCUUGCAAGACGGAAGAGGGCCGUGGCUUGAGUCAGUCCAUCUCAUGUUGGGUCUUCCUCUUUUUUCUACUGCCUUAUCCUUUAGAAAGGAAUAGGGAUUUUGCUAGUCAGUCCAAACUGAGAUGCUUAGUUACUGUUAAUUAUAGGCUGC